AAUCAAGGUUCCCAUAAGAAUGCUGGACAGAAAAGGAGUGCGCGUUUGGCGUUGAGUAUGAUGGAACCGCAGUCUACAAGAAGAAACAAUUACCUGCCAGGAGAUGUUACUUUGUCACGUCUGCUGUGAAUGUGUAUCCACUUCAACGAGACUGCAGUGUAGACAAUAUUCAAAACGUGUGUGAAUUGAUUAAAAGGAAAAUACCAAGUGCUCUCAGCGGCCACAAAUAGUGACCAACAACAGUGAAACAAGGAAAAGAAAGGACGGGUUACGACGACCGAGAAGCUACCGAGGCUCUGGAAAUGCAAUAUUUCUUCAGAUUUUUUUCUCUUCUCUACUUUUAGAAAAUGUAACAUUUCGGUCUGCUAAAUAAUUAACGCGCUUCUGAAUAUUGUGUGAAACAUUUGGACUGUCAUGUAUGCUGUUUCGAGAGACAGUUACUUUCCAUCAAAGACACUGUGAAAGAACAAUAUAUUUCAUAACGAAAUCCCACAGAACGACUUACUAAGUCGUUACGAACCAUGUUGAAAUUUCAUAAUUCGGAUCUAUGGAUUGCUUGGCUGGUUUUGUUUUGCAUGGAAGGUUCAAGAUUUGAUCGACACACUGGGACAGUGAGUGUGAGGGCAUUGGAUGUUACGGUGAAACAGAGCAGCAUCCAGGUAGCUCGCGGCCAGGCAGCCAUCUUGCCCUGCUCCUUCUCCACCAGCGCUGCCCUCAACAACCUCAACAUCAUAUGGAUGGUCAUCCCACUGUCCAAUGCCAACCAGCCUGAACAGGUGAUCAUCUACCAAGGUGGCCAGGUGUUUAGUCUAGCCAACCACCUGAAUGGCCGGGUGGGCUUUGUGGACACCAUGCCCAGCACACGUGCCUCUAUCUUCAUCAACAACACCCAGCUGUCAGACACGGGGACCUACCAGUGCCUGGUCAACAAUCUGCCUGACAGAGGGGGGCGCAACAUCGGGGUGAUCGGCCUCACCGUGCUGGUGCCCCCCUCAAUACCAGCGUGUCGUAUUCAGGGCACGCUGGACGUGGGCGCCGACAUCAUGCUGCUAUGCAGCAGCGAGGAGGGCAUCCCCACGCCCAUCUACGACUGGGAGAAGCUGGAGUCCCUACCCCGGCUGCCACACACCGCCAUGCAAGACAAGAUGCAGGGGACGGUAACACUGAGGAACAUCAGCACCGCUACCUCUGGCCUGUACCAAUGUACCGCCUCCAACGCCAUCGGCAAGAGCACCUGUCUACUCAACUUGCAGAUUGUGGCCCCCCAGCCUCAGAGUGUGGGCCUCAUAGCGGGAACGAUCGCCACAGGUGUCCUGGCUGUCAUCAUCUGCUCCCUGCUGGUGGUGGUGACCCUGUUCUACUGGAAGAACAAGAAUAAAUACGAAGAGGAGGAGAUACCCAACGAGAUCAGUCCCCCUAGUGACCUCCCCAUGCCCUCUGUGCUUUGCAGGGAGGAUGACCUGCCACCCAAGAGGUCAUUGUCGGUGAAAGCGUUCCACGCCGACGCCUCGUCCUCCGAGAACGACACCCUGACGUCCACCAACACCUACAACAGUCGCUAUUGGCACAACCCCAAGCCCAACUACGACACCAACUCCUACACCCGCUACAACGGCGACACGCGGCAGACAUUCUCAACGGGGCCCGUGGGUCUCAGCGGGGGGCACGUCACCGGGGGGCAUGCGGCUCAGACCGGACAUGGGGCCCCGGCACCGCCGGGCUCCGCCCCCCUGGCCCGUCAGGCCUACUCCAACGGUAGCCACACCCUGCCUCCGCCCAAGACCCUGGUGGUCACCACCAACUCCGCCCCCUCUCCGUCCACCAUGGCGCGCAGCAACGGCUCGGUGAGCCUGAAGCCCGUGACGGUGGCCACGCACGGGGGACACACGCACUCGUACGCCGUGAGCCAGGCCACGUUAGAACGCAUGGGCGCUGUGCCCGUUAUGGUGCCGGCACAGAGCAGAGCGGGAUCUCUGGUCUAAGUAAACUGUCACUGGGCUGAACCAGCCUGCCUCCACAUUUCCUGUCUUUCUCCCUCUCUCUCUCUCGCUCUCUUUUUUUUCCUCCUUUUUUUAUUUACUCAUAAACUGGAUUUUACAAUACAGAGUUCAUCUAAUGCCAACAUCUCUAAGUACAGGGUGCUGUUUGGAAGAAGCACCUGGUGUUUUAUUGUUAUUGGUUUACUUUGUAACUCAACUUUGAUGUUUUCUUUGAUUGGUUCCUUGAACUAAAUGGCUCCAUCCAAUGGGAUUAUUGCACAAAAGUCCCAUGUAACUGCUCUGGGAGAACCCCUGAGUGUUUGCACCCUAUGACUCUCCAUGCGAGUGUGACAGUGUUUUGGACUUAUCACAACAUUGAGCAUUAAUCACCGUGAAGCGCAAAGCCCAGAGAAGAAGCAGCCAAACAUGCAUGCAUUCCGUUGAUAACUAACUACCAGAUUAUUGCUGUUAUUUCUAAUCAUUCAGGUUUUGAGGCGAUAUUAAUUGUUACGUUUCAUAAAAAAAUGACAGAGAUGAUCUAUUAUUAAAUGUAGUGGUUGUUCAUGAAUAGAACAAAGGCGAUGGAAAUGGCCUUAGAAGAGCAUAGAAAUAUGGAAAGGAUUUCUGGUGAAAUACCAAAUGUCCAAGACAAAAGAAUGGUACAAUACAGUGGCACUGUCCUGUGAUUGGACAGGGUUUUUAUGGAUAUGUCCAUUAAGUCGAACUUCACCAUGUUCAUUAGUUUUGCAUAGUAACACACAUUCAUCACAAGCGGUACAGGUGUUAUACCAUACUUCUUAAGUCUCAUUGCAGGUGCUUCAAAUCCAUUUAAAAUGACUGCAGUCGAUUCCAAAAGUAAACUGAAAUUCCUAAUUGAAAAGCUGGGAAUCUAUUUUUAAAGAAAUUUGAUUGAACUUCAAUGUAGAGGCUAUGUAUUUCAGAUGUUGUUCGUUUUCGAAAAACAAUUCAGUUAAAAGAUAAAAUCACUUCCUGAAUUCAAACCAAACCGAAUUGACUGACUUCAGACUGAAUUGCCCCCAACAACUCUAGGAUGGUCUUAUGUGUGCAUUGCCUCCUCUCCACAGUGCUACAGAUGGGGAGGUGAAGCCUCUACAACACAAACCGGGCAGGGUAUGGGGUUCACAUUCAAUACGUCCAAAUUUAUUACACAAACGAUGGUCCCUUCUUCCCUGUGGGUUAAAACUUGAAUCUGAGAUUUUUCUGGCGGUGCUUCUGGAUAUAAUGUGCAGUGGGAUUCAUGCUGACAAUCUGUUUAUCUGUUUUAAAACAUUCUUCAGUGCUGCUUUGACACAAUACAGAAGAAGACAUCUUGUUUCAUACAUCCUUUCUAAGAAAAUUAGACAUUUCCCUGAAAUGCUAACAAUUACUGUUUUGUACCUACUGUAAAUAUUGUUACUACUGUUUGGCUAGGUUAACAAUUAAAAGAAAAAAUACUUGUAUGUCCAGAUGGAUGUGUGUUUUACAACUCAUGUGUCUUAACUUGCGAGGUCUAUUCAAUUCUGUUUAUUCAGAUACUAAUCUGGAUUUUUCUUUGAGGACUUUUGUCUUGCGUUAGUUAAGAAGGGAUGUCUGAUUUUUGCAGCUUGGUGUCCUCUGUCAGAUGCAGCUGCAUAUUGUGGUUGUGCCUAGUAUCUAUAUACAAACCACAGAAAAAACAUUUUGUAUUAAUACUGCUGUCUCCACCUUUGGGUGUUGACAGUGGUUUACACCUGGCGCCCAAACUCUGCCAGCCAUUUUCAGGGCACUUGGAUUUUUUCAGUGGUGUCAAUUUCCAGCAUUGAAAUUAUUUACCAACGUAUCCCCAAUGAAAAGGAAAUGAGCACCUUCCGCAGAUGUAUUUAGAUUUUUUCAAGCAAUUUUGUGAAGUAUGGUUAUUAAGGAAUUAUUGAAGAACCCAAGUAUCUGGGCGGCCAUGUUUUUUAGUAAUUUUUUUGUGAUCUGAAACUAACUGCUGAAAUACAUUUUUAUAUUAAUUUAAAAGUUACAUUAUUAUCCCUUCUGCUCUUUGCAUCGAAGGUGUAACAAAAAUUUGACUUAAUCUUUUACUUUUUUUUUUAUCAAUACUGUGUGAAAAUAAUGUUUUUUAAAUUACACUGUUCACUUUGAGGUAACCAAAAAUGCUAGCUAUAUUUAAUUUUUGAGAAAAUGGUUCUCCUAUUUGUUUUGAACAUGCAAUAUUAAAGUUAAUCAAAAUACAGUAUGCUCCAGUAAGAAUCUACAAGAUCUAUUCAAAUCAAUUCAACAUCAUUGAGUAAAAGCAAUUUGUAUGGUGAGUAGAACUUUCUGCCUGCUUGGUGAACUUUGAAUGAAGCAAUAAAGACCUGCUAGGCGAACCACAUUAGUGUAACGUGUUGAUAUAAAAAAUAGACUCAUUAUCAAGCUAUUGCUUUUCUGUUCUCCGUUAGCACACCAGUAUGGGUCUGUCUUUCAUGUCCCGACUCACGGACUGAUUUGUUUUGUGAUAUUCAUUUUCUUCAGGUUACCGAGGUUACAUUCAUAACAUUAUGAAAAAGUUCAUAUUUUCAUCUUUGAACUUGCUCCGUGCUCGAGUAGCAAUGGCAACGACAAUGUUGAGUUUGAUUGCUAGAGAGUGUUAUGUCAGUCCGAAAGCAGGUCAGACAUUAUAGCUUAAAGGAAGUGUUCGCAGAGAUUAGGCCACCGUUCACUGCUUCAGAUGUCUGUUCAUUCAGAAAAUACAUUUGCAAGCCGCAGUGCUCAUAACCUGCUUUCAGAUUAAAUUCAAGCCCUAUUGCGAUGUCAGAGUGAGUCCAUAUGAUUAAUUCCUGUGUAUGUAGCCUUUACACUGCUGACAGUCCCUGCAGACUGCCAACAGUAAAGGAGCUAUAAUUGUGUCUGCUUUCAUACAGGCAUUCUGCUAUUUAACCAUUUUUAUAAAGCCACAGGUUUAGCCCAGAUGAGGCGAGAGUAUGUGUUUGCCAUUUAAAACAUCUCCUGACUUUCAAAUGUUCAUCUGCGCACUGAUGUCUAUGUGAAACAAGGUGAACAUUUGACUUCAAAGUAAGAAUUUGUCCCUGUUAAUGACCCAAAACAACACGUAAUUGUGAUGUAAAGGAAGGCUAAUCACAAAACCCUGGAGUGGUGAGAGUGCAUUCAUUUGUCUGCUGUGGCCAUAAAUUCCUCAGAUCAUGUAUAGAUAUAUUAUAUUGCCAAUAGUACACAUUGUAAAUAUGUAAAAUAUAUAUUGUACUUAACUGUUUGAUUGAUAUGAAAUAUAACUAACACUGAAAGUUGU